GCCCACCAUACGCUAAUGGUAAAUUACAUAUCGGACACUUUUUAAACUUUAUUAUUAAGGACAUUAUUGUCCGUUUUCAGGCCAGCGAGGGCAAAUAUACUCCCUUUUUGCUGGGUUGGGAUACUCAUGGACUACCAAUUGAACACAAAAUGAUUCAGGUUCACCAAGGUCAAAAAAUAAACUUGCGGCAAGUUUGUCAUGAUUUUGCCCUGUCACAAGUUCAAACCCAAAAGGAACAAUUAAAAAAACUCGGACUUUUUACGAACUAUGAAAAAUAUUACAUUACUUUAGAUAAAGAAUAUGAAGCUGAACAAAUUCGAGUUUUUGGAGAAAUGGCAAAGAAAGGCUUGGUUUAUCAAGGAUUUAGACCAAUUUACUGGUCUUGCGGACAUGAAACGGCCUUAGCCGAGGCUGAAAUUGAAUAUUUAGAAAAAAAGGAUACUUCUCUGUAUUUCAAAAUUAGAUUAGCGGAUAUUUUUUUUGGAAAAGAAAAUCAAAAAUCAAAAGUAGAAAAAACGUUUUUAGGAGAAAAAUUGCUAGAAUUAACCUAUUUUCACCCUUAUCGGAAAAGGGUCUGGGGAUAUAUUGUAGAUGGCAGCGAUUUUAUUAAGGAAGGAGAGGGAACUGGUCUUGUUCAUCUAGCACCCGCUUUUGGAGUCGAAGACUUUACGACCGCCAAAAAGGAAAAAUUGGUCAUUGAAUGUCCUUUAGAGCCUAACGGUUUAUUUAAUGAAAAAAUUGGAGUUCUGGAAUUGGUUGCCUUGAUAAACAGCCAGACAGUUUUGGGUCAAGAUAUUAUGGAUGUUUGGUUGGAUAGUGGAGGUCAAGAUCAAUUUCGUGGCUGGUUUAAUUCUUCAUUAAUUACUGCGGUUAUUCUUACUGGCCGCGCACCUUAUCAACAAGUUCUCUCACAUGGUUUUGUAGUUGAUGAAAAAGGUCAUAAAAUGUCAAAAUCUUUAGGCAACGUUCUAGACCCCGAAGACCUUAUCAAACAAUUUGGAG